AUGAAAUUUGAGGAUCUCUUGCUGGAAAUUGGUGGCUUUGGCAGAUUCCAGGUUUUGAUUCUGUUUAGCCUCUGCCUCCUGAGAAUCAACCUCCCCAUGCAUUUCCUGCUGCACAACUUUCUGGCUGCUACCCCUUCCCAUCACUGUGCAAUUCCACACCAGGAGGCCUUUGUGAACCUCACCACAGAGGAAGUUCUGCUCAUCAGCAUCCCUCGAGAGCCUGAUGGCACUUUCAAGUCCUGUGAGAUGUUCUCGCAGCCUCAGUUCCACCUGCUGCUCAACUCUUCUCUGCAGCCAGAAAACGACUCCAGCACCCAGCACUGCCAGCACGGAUGGGUCUACGACCACUCGCAGUUCACCUCCACCAUCUCCACCCAGUGGGACCUCGUGUGUGAACGGCGUGGAUUGAACCAGGCAACCGCAACCUUCUUCUUCGUUGGCGUUACGCUGGGGGCUGUGAUCUUCGGAUACCUCUCAGACAGGUUCGGGCGCAAGGCCAUGCUCCUGCUGUCCCUCCUGUGCUCCGUCGUGUUCGGGAUGCUGAGCGCUGCCUCCAUCUCCUACAGCAUGCUGGCCAUCACACGGACCCUCACUGGGGUGGCCUUGAGUGGGGUCUCCAUCAUUGUCCUGCCUCUGGGGAUGGAGUGGGUGGAUGUAGAGCACCGCACCUUCAUUGGGAUCCUCAUCAGCGUCUUCUGGAGCGUCGGGAACGUGCUGCUGGCCAUGGUAGCCUUCUUGGUGAGGCAAUGGCACUGGCUGUUAGUAGCUGUCACAGGACCUUGUCUUCUGAGCAUUGUCUGCCUGUGGUGGGUCCCAGAGUCUGCCCGCUGGCUCAUAGCCAAUGGCAAAGUGAAACAAGCCCACAGGCACCUGCUUAGAUGUGCAAGAAUCAAUGGAAGGAAAGACUUCACUGUCUCACCGGAGGCCCUCAGACAGAUGGCAACAGACAAAAGUCCAGGGAAGAGUUACUCCUACAUCAGUUUGUUCAGGACACCAGUCCUGCGGAAGAUCUCCCUGUGUUCUGGGGCCGUGUGGUUUGGUGUUGCCUUCUCUUACUACGGCAUGAGCUUGAAACUAACUGGCUUUGGGCUCAACAUGUAUCUCUCCCAGUUUGUCUUUGGCAUCAUUGAGAUCCCAGCCAAGAUGAUCAUGUACGUGCUGGUGAACCGAGUGGGACGAAGACAGAGUCAGGCCUGGACCCUCAUCCUGACUGGAGUGUGCAUAGGAGCCAACAUCAUCAUUCCCAAGCCCUUCAGCUCCCUGCGCUCUGUAGUAGCCAUUUUGGGCAAAGGUUUCUCAGAAGCUGCAUUCACUACUGUCUACUUGUACACCUCUGAGCUCUACCCCACCGUGCUGAGGCAGAAUGGGAUGGGGUACACCUCCUUCAUGGCACGCCUUGGAGGGUCUUUGGCCCCACUUGUGUUCCUGAUGGAUGAGGUGUGGAGGUCUCUGCCUGAGGUGACCUACUGUGGCGUAGCAGUGUGCUGCGGCUCCGUGGCUUUCCUGCUGCCCGAGACGCUCAACGCACGCCUGCCCGAGGGCAUCGAGGACGUGGAGAAGCCCCAACAUGUCUUGUUUGUUUGUUUGUUUGUUUCCAGAAUGAAAGGGUCAUCACAAGUCAGUGCUGCCAAAGGCAUGCCCCUACAGUCCCUGCUGAAGUGA